GAAAUUGAUUAAUGUAUAUUACACUCUGAGCGCAAGUGUACUAAGAAUACUAAGCUAAUUAAAAAGUUAUAUUGCUCAAUUCACGGAUGAUUUACCCUAAAAAAAUACAUAAAUACAUAAAGGAUAAAAUUAAGUUUAGCGGUCUAGAGUUCUACGCCUGAAAGAGAAUUCACAUCUGUAUAUUUCAUUCACUAGACAAAUAUAUGAAUCCUUGGAGUAAGUGGCAGUGCGUUCCAACUUGCUCUGAACACCAGCAGAGUAGAGCUAGGACGUGUAAUGAGACACUGGCUAAAAUGGAAGAAAGCAGUUGCAAUGACGCGCAUGCAGAAAAAGAGACCAGAGCAUACUCCUGUUACAUGAAGAGGUGUCCCACAGACUGUCUUAUCAAACAAUGGGGGGAAGAUUGUGCUCAGUCAUGCGAGAAAUGUUUGGACGACUGCGAUAAAUUCACUGGCCACUGUUACCGCUGCGAGCCUGGCUUCAAAGGUUUUACGACGGCGUGUCAAACAGCUGAAUAUGACUACGAGAAGAGUAUUAUCAUGGGGACUGUUGGUGUCAUUUUAUUGUUUCUCCUCACAUUUUUCUGCCUGUAA